AUGAGUUCUAACAACUAUGGUUUGCCUCUCAGAGAGGAGGAACAAGCGGAUUCCACCGAGGAAGAAAUAUAUCAGGUGAAAGGCUCGGAAGAGGAAUCUGCUGACAGCCCCCAACCUGAGGAGCCUACAUCGAACCCUCACAAACGUACCACCGACGAGGCUGAGCUCGAUAAACAGAAAAAGGACCGGGAAGCUGAUAACAAUAAAACAGGAACAAGCAAACAGCCCAAAACGGACAAGAACUAGAAGGGCAAGAAGCCCGCAACCGCCAAGGGAACUUUGGUUGCAUCCAU